AAAAAAAAAAAAAAAAGUUUAUCACCAAUCUGGUAGAAAAACAAAAACCUCAACAACGUUUUCUUUGCCACCAAUCCUUCCUUGAUUAGUUGACAUUUUUUUUGUCCCAUGUGAAUGAAUCAUAGAAAAACCAAACCUCAAAUUCUGAUUUCUAAAAUAUUCUUCAGAUACGAAAUUCGUUUGUUUUGAUUUUUAAGAGAAUAAUCAUCAAAUUGAAGAAGAUGAGGAUGGAUGAAGAAGUUUUUUUCACCAUGUUCAAGAUAGGGAAAAUAGGUUUGGUGAAAAAGUUGAUUGUCAUUGCUAUGAUGGCUAUGUUUGUUGCAGAUGCAGUUGAUACAAAUGAUGUUUAUCUUCCAUGUGAAGAUGCUAAAGUUCAGAAAGGAGAUGGCUUUACCUUUGGCAUUGCAUUUGCGGACAAGCAAUCUUUCACCCCAGAUAGUGGUCCACAGCUUUCGCCUUGUGACUCUCGUCUUAGCCUCGCAGGCAAAGCACAACUUGUUGUGUUUAGGCCAAUGGUCGAUGAAAUCUCCCUACUUACCGUUAACAGGAGCAGCUCAGACUCGGGCACAUAUAUGGUUGCGUUUGCUGGACAGAAAUAUGCAGCAAGAUCACUACCAAUCAUGCUUGCCGACGACAGUCACACGAUUACCAGUUUCACUUUGGUUCUUGAAUUUCAAGACGGAACCCUUCAAAACUUGUUUUGGAAGAGUUUCGGCUGUGAUGCAUGUCCCAGUGGAAGUAUUUGCCUGAAUAAUCAAGACUGUGCAGUGCCAAACACAGAGUGUCAAAAGAAUGGCGACACUGCUUGCAAGAUUGGCAUACAGUUGGCAUUCUCAGGGAUUGACAAGAAUCUUGAUGCUCUAAAUUCUUGGUAUGAAGUGAAAAAUCUACGGCAGUACUCCCUCUACGGUCUAUUCUCCGAUCUUCGUAAUUCUAUUAUAGGGGCCAUAUGACAAGUUUUUUUAAGUUUCUUUAAGUCUAGCUUAUAUGCAUAGAGACUGUACCCAUUUAUCCCUUCUUUGUGAGAGUUUGAUUCUCUUCCAACAACUUGGCUAUUUCUAUUUAGUCUAAGGUUAUUGGUUAUUGGUUAUUGAUUGGGGUAUUCCAGUUAACAAGAAAUGCUAUUAUUUCGAUCCUACAAUGAG